CUCACUCUCUAUACUCCUUGUCUUUAUAAACAGACCACAUUCCAACCAUUUCAUUCACCCCACUCCAUCAACAUCUUCAAACUAUCUCUUCUUCGUCUUAAGCUUUCUUUGUGCAUCUUGAUCUUUGUUUGCUCAAUGGCUUUAGGAAAAACCCAGAAAUUCCCACAGAGAGCAGUUUUGUCAAAGAUACUGAAGAGAUGUUCAAGUUUAGGUAAAAAACAAGGGUAUAAUAACGAUGAAGAACAAGGUUUACCAGUUGAUGUACCUAAAGGUCACUUUGCUGUUUAUGUUGGUGAGAAAAGAAGUAGAUUUAUUGUUCCUAUUUCAUUCUUGACUCAUCCUGAGUUUCAAAUCUUACUUCAAAGAGCUGAGGAAGAAUUUGGUUUUGAUCAUAAUAUGGGUCUCACUAUUCCAUGUGAAGAAGUUAUCUUUCGUUCUCUAACAUCAAUGCUCUGUUGAAAAAAUGAAGGUUUUUUUUUUUGGGUUGAAGAUGAGGAUCAAGAUAUGAUGAAGCUGCUUACUUUGCUUCUCACUCUAGUCUCUAAUUACUUAUUUUUCCUUUUUUGUGUGUUUUAUGGGUUGUUCUCUGUUUACAAAAAGACUAAACCCUAGAACAUCAUAACCAUUUUUAUAUGGUCUUUUGUAGUAUAUAAAUUAGUUUAGAGUUGGACAUAUAUUUUCCUUACUGGUGGUGCUUUUUUGGGUACCCUGUAAGAGACUACUACUACUACUACUAAUUUUGUGCUUUCGUUUUGCACAAUAUUCUUGUAUGAGACUUAUUGUCCUACUGAUGUUCGAUGAUGAUUAUAUAUGUUUAUGAAAUAUGAUCAGGAAAUGGAUUAGUUAUCUUUUA